UUUAGAAGGAUUACCGCGGCGGGCUGGUGGGGGUACGAGUCACACCGUUGCCGCCGUCGGUCGGUUGUUCCAGCAGCGGUGGCAGCGAGUGGGAGCCGUGAUGGCAUGUGAAGCACCGACGACGUUAACGGACCACCGUAAACUCUGAAUGUGAGGACAACGAAACCGGGAGACCCAGCUUGAGUCCCGAGAUAUGUCCGGAGCUUUCUGUGCAGUAGUCGAGAAAACUUUACCGGGAGUAGGAACACUCUUACACCAACGUCAACAUGGCGGAGCGCAGUGCUUGCGAUGCCAACAUCCUCAGCAUCCCGGUGCCGAUGCGCCGCGGCGGCUCGGAGUCCAACCUGGACGUGGUGGACAGUGUGGGGGACGACGGGGUGGGCCUGGACUUCACAAAGGGAGCGCUGGGAAUCGACAGCCUGCAGCAGAAGAUCCUCAAGGUGACGGAGCAGAUUAAGGUGGAGCAGACGGCUCGGGACCAGAACGUGGCCGAGUACCUGAAGCUGGUGAACAACGCCGACAAGCAGCAGGUGGGCCGUAUCCGCCAGGUCUUUGAGAAGAAGAACCAGAAGUCUGCGCACACCAUCGCCAGGCUGCAGAGGAAGCUGGAGCAGUACCACCGCCGCGUGAAGGACAGCGAGACCAACGGGAAGCACAGCCACAAGGACGGCAGCAGCAAGGAGUCCGGGACGCACAGCAAGGAGGGCAGCCUGCGGGACGUCAGCGCCACGGGACGCCACCCCACGCUCGAUAAAGUGAAGACCAUCGGGCCCGGGGUGUCGCUCUCGCCGCCGUUCUUCUUCAACAAGUCCCGGGAGAUCGCCAACCUGAUCAGGAACAAGUUUGGCAGUGCUGACAACAUCGCCCACCUCAAGAGCUCCAUGGAGGCGGGGGGGGGUCUUCAGGUGGACAUGGCAUCAAGAGGGCUGAGCGGCAGCGCCACCACCGUAGCCAAGACUAGCAAGUACCAGAGCGACGACGAGUGCUCCACGGGGACGUCUGGCUCAGCUGACUCUAACGGGAACCUUGCUGGGGGCUCUGGAGCGGGGUCCGGGGGGCCGGGGAGGUCCGACUCUAACGGGAGGCUAGGGGAGGUGCUGGACAUGGUGAGGGAGAUCAGGGAGGCGCAGACACAGCUGGCAGAGGACAUGGAGACUCUGAACACACAGUUCAAACGAGAUUACAGCUACUUCUCACAGACCAUGCAGGAGGAGAGAUACAGGUAUGAGCGGUUGGAGGAUCAGUUAAACGACCUGACGGAGCUGCACCAACAUGAGACAAUUAAUCUGAAGCAGGAGUUGGCCAGUAUCGAGGAGAAGGUUGCUUACCAGGCCUACGAGAGGGCGAGGGACAUUCAGGAGGUGCUGGAGUCGUGCCAGACUCGUGUUUCCAAGCUGGAGCUGCAGCAGCAGCAGCAGCAGACGGUUCAGGUGGAGAACACGGACGCCAAGGUGCUGCUGGGGAAAUGCAUCAACAUCAUGCUGGCUAUCGUCACCGUCAUCCUGGUGUGCGUCUCCACGGCGGCCAAGUUCACCGCCCCUCUGCUGCGGAGCCGCCUCCACCUGGUGUUCACCUGCGUGGGCGUGUCACUGCUGGCGCUGCUGUGGAAGAACUGGGAACAUUUACAGUGCGCUUUGGAACGAUUGCUCCUCCCACACUGAGACAGAGAACUCACCAGGGAGGAGAUAACAUGUAGCCUUACAGCAGUUCCUCAGAGAUGUUGGGCUCCACGGUGACUUGAUUAAUGGCUGCUGUGCUUUGCAUGUCUAAAUGGGGUCCAAAAGAGCCUUUCCUAGAGUACACCUCCAUUCUGUUGACAUAAAAGUGCACCACUACAUUCCACUGAGAGACGGAUCGGCUGGAAUUGAUCUCGCUCUCUGGCCAUCAGAAGAUUCUGGAUCGUGGAAAGAACAGACACUAAAAUCUAAAUAUAGAGGAUUUCAUUGGUGCAUGGAAAUACAGUGAUACAGCUCCCGUACUUAAAGGGAAGUGUUUCUGUUACAGCAGCACCUCAUGUCUCCUCUAAACAAACAAUGGCUGUCUCGAACCUGUACACCAGCCAGCUGUGAAUCCACCUGAAGGUUGAUGUGUACUGUUUGCUCUCCUGUUUUCUGUAUUUAUGUCGAGUCAAAAGGACAUUUUUAACCUUGUGUUUCAAACUGUCUUUGUGUCUGUCUCUGAGUCCUGUACUGUCAGUGCUUUUGUGUGUCUACACUGUGUUUGAAAUUGUAUGAAAUAUUUGCUUUCUUGGUGAGAGUUUGGUGAGAAUAUUAAAACCAUUCAUGUCUAUCUAAAUAUGAAGCUGGAAAAGAUAAGCUUAGCAUUGAAGCAAAGUUUAUUUAUAUAGCACUCUUCAGACGCACAGGGCAAUGUAUUGUGCUUUAUAAUAUUGAACAUGAAAUAUUAAUUAAAAAAGACGCGUAUAGGAACAUUUGGUUACCUUUGGACAGAGCUAUGCUAGCUGUUUCCAGUCUUUAUGCUAAGCUAAGCGUCUGCUGGUUGAAGCUUAAUUCUCACAGACAUUUGGAGUGGUUGCAAUCCUCUCAUGUAGCUCUCAGCAAGAAAGCUAAUAAGAACAUGUUCUUAAAUGUCAAACUGUUCCUUUUUAAAAGAAAGCUUUUAAACUGCCUCCUGUCUUGUUGAUGUAAUGCUUUGGGGUUUCCUUCAUGUAGAAGUCUGUUUUAUGUUGACCUGCUUUACUCCGCUCCACAGACUGCAGCUUUAGCGUCCACCAGCUGGUAUGCAAACUGCGAGGAAGGCCCAGAAAAAAAGAAAAACUUCAAAUGUUUGACCUUUUUAUUAAAUUGCCUUUUUUUUGGUGAACGGAACAAAUUAACCUUUGUGUGAAGCCUUUGAUGCUGUGCUGUGUUCAAGUCCCGUGGGAAAUACAACUGCAACAUCCCGACAGUUCAAAGUCCUGACUUGAAAGACUCACACCUGUUGAAACUUUUGUGAUUACUACGAGUACAUUUGAAUUACUCACAUGAAUUGCUUCCAGCUUUUUCACACUUGACUCGUUCGCUCAGCUUGGAAAUGAUAUAGCAGAGAUGAAACAAGCACAGAACGUCCUGCGUGCCAUGAUAUCUAAGAUUUAUGAAUAACUAUGACUUGUAGAAAAAGGUUGCUUAGUCGACUUGUCGAUAAUUCAACCAACUACUAUUUAUUCAUUCGUAUUUUGAUAUUUUAUGAAUCGUAAAAGUCGUUUUUUAUGCAAAGAUUGCUGUUUUCUCCUACACUCAAACAUGUAGAUGUCCUGCUUUUAUCUAUUUAAUUUCAUAUAUACAAGUGGAUAUAUUUGGGUUUGUUUUGACAACUCAAGACAUUCAAAGACAUCAGCUUGGACUUUGAGAGACGAGAUAUUUUUUAACUAUUUUCUGACAUUUUAUCUAGCAACAAAUUAAAAGAUUAUGAAAAUUAUCAUUAUUAACAGCCCUAAUUGAUAGAAGUAUGUCUGUUCUUGCACUAAAAUACUGAAGUAUCAGUAACUUCCUAAGCAGCAUUUACCAUUCAAAACAUGAUGGUAUUAUCAACACCGUCAGCGACUGUUUUUCCCAUGAGACCUGAAUGCAGCAUCACAGACUAGACAGUGGAACCUGAACACUGUAUCUCCGUGCUCCAUAACCCUGUUUCACUGUGAUGAUGAGGGCGAUGAUUUGGGAUUGAUGCCUUUUUAUUGCAGCUUAUUUUCUUUCUCUUUGUAUUGUGUUUGCUUCUCUUCAAGAAGAAGACACAUAAGCCUUUCUAAGUAACACUGAAAUUCCUUUUUCUUUGAUGUUUUUUUGCUCCCAUGAAUUGGCGUAAAAACACAAGAAAUGCUCCUGCUAUCCAAAGCUGUAUGUCCAUGAUGUAUUUUCACACGUCUGUCUCUUCGCUGUGCAUUAGUUUCUGGUUAUGGGUUUCCAUAACGGUUUUUUUUUUUCAAAUGAGAAAAUAAAUAAUUUUUUCUAUGA